AUGGAUUACGACGCUCUCAUUCAAAAGCUGGGAACCUUUGGUCCUUACCAAAAACGACUGUUCUUCAUCGUGUUCUUCCCUGUGAUAUUUAUUUCCUUUGGUGCACCAGUGUCAAACUUUUUACUUGGAGACCAACUUCACAGGUGUAAAAUCCCAGAUGUACCAAACGAUACCUAUGUAAUUCAGGAUCGGUAUCACGAGGAACUAAUUAAUGCAACAAUUCCGAAACGUUCCGAUGGCAGUUACGAUGAGUGUAAAGUUAUCAUCAAUGGAUCGAUUGAGAAGUGCUUCGAGUGGGUGUAUGAUCAUUCUGUUUUCACAAGAACAGUUAACUCUCAGUUUAACCUGGUCUGUGAUGACAGUUACUUACAUUCGCUGUCCGUAUCUGCAUACUUUUUUGGAUUUGUUUUCGCCACGCUGACAUUGUGUCCGCUGGCAGAUGUGAUCGGAAGACGGAAGAUGAUAGUCUUCGCUACCACUUUCCAGUUCAUUAUUAACAUCAUCAUGCCUUUUUCCAACAACGUAGUGAUGUUAAUUAUCAUCCGGUUCCUUGAUGGAACGUGCGGUCUGUCGUAUUAUCAUGGAGCCUUUAUAAUCGGGAUGGAAAUGGUUGGACCGUCGAAGAGACUUUUUUCAGGAACAGUGAUUUUAGAAGUGUAUGUCUUUGGAGAGUUUCUGCUCCUGAUAUUUGCAUAUUUCAUUCGAGACUGGCGAUGGCUACAGUUGGCACUUGCUGUUCCGAUGGUGUCUACAAUGUGUUACUGGUGGUCACGGGUCCUCCCAGAAUCUCCAAGAUGGCUCCUCUCCCGAGGAAAAAACAAGGAGGCCGUAAAAAUAUUACGAAAAGCUGCUAAAGCUAAUGGAGUGGAGUUUGAAGACUUACCAAGCAACUUUCGAUUGGAAAAAGAAGACCGGGGAGUACGAGAAAUCCUGAAAGAACUGUUUCACUCCAGAAAGCUUCUUCUUAGAUGGAUAAUCAUCUUUUUUAACUGGUUUGUGAUAUCCUUCAUUUACUACGGGUUAACCCUUCACAUUGGGAAGUUAGGCGGCAACUUGUACCUUAAUUUCGCUUUAUCCUGCAUUGUGGAAUUUAUCGGCUACUUUUUGUGCAUCUUCAUGGACAGGACCGGACGAAAGCCAAUGCAUCUCACCGUGAUGUUUAUGAGUGGAAUAGCGUGCCUGGCGUCAGUGCUUCCAAUGCUAUUUGGGGAUGACUCACAUAACUGGAUAAUGAUAGCACUAUCUAUGAUCGGAAAGCUUGGGAUUUCUGCCGGAUUCGGGGAAAUCUUUAUCUACACGGGGGAACUGUUCCCGACUGUUGUCCGAAGUUUCGUGAUGGGAAUCUGUAGCUGUGGUGCUCGAGUAGGAUCCAACAUCUCGCCUUAUAUGUACCAACUUGUGGAUGGUAAAUGGCAGAAAGUAUCACCUUUAUUGAUAUACGGAAUCGUCACCAUUAUUGUGGCUUUAUUGUCAAUUCGUCUACCAGAAACGAGAAAGCGAAAACUGCUGGAGCAAGUGGAAGACACAGAACAUGAGAAGGACCUCAUGACAGAAAGCGAGAGUAACAGUGGGCCAGAAGAUUUGGCAAUGAAUAAUGGUGAAUGCAUCAAGUUGACACACACCAUUGAUGAUGAAUCUGAAAAUGGAAUAUAGUGUAUUGAAAUUUAGACAUGCUGUGCUGAUAUGUAUGUUAUGCUUCCUUGUGUACAUCCCAUAAUAAUGGUCUGCAGGCGUCUGGGCCACCAACGUUGACAAUUUCUCAAAUUUGAGAUUUCUGAGUAAAGAUUUUUUAUCGCCCAACUGUGCCACCAAAUAAAUAUUUUCUCAAACUCA